AUGACAUGUUCCAACACUGAUCCGCCUGUUCCAACAACAGUCGGAAAUGAUAGUUUCUUAUGGCAUAUGAGAUUAGGCCAUGUACAUUAUGCUAGGAUGCUUGAAAUGUCGAAGGAAGGUUUAAUUCCUGGUUUUGACAUGAAUGUAGAGAAAUGCAGAACAUGUAUGUUGACUAAGAUAACUAGGAAGAAAUUUGAUAGCAUUGUUAGGGUAUCGGAAGUCCUUGGACUGAUUCAUAGUGAUUUAUGUGAUUUGCAUGCUACACCAUCUCUGGGGAAUAAGAAAUAUUUUGUCACAUUCAUUGAUGAUUAUUCCAGAUAUUGUUCUGUAUAUUUGUUGCACUCUAAGGAUGAAGCCUUAGAGAAAUUCAAGGUUUACAAAACUGAGGUUGAAUUGCAACAAAGUAACUUGAUUAAAAAGUUACGCACCGAUAGAGGUGGUGAGUAUUAUGAUCCUGCUUACUUUCAGUCUGUGGGUAUAAUACAUGAGGUCACAGCUCCUUAUACACCACAACAAAAUGGUGUAUCUGAGAGGAAGAACAGAGUCCUUAAAGAAAUGGUUAAUUCCAUGUUAUCCUACUCUGGAUUGAGUGACGGUUUCUGGGGUGAGGGCAUGUUAACAGCAUGUUACUUGUUGAACAGAGUUCCUAACAAAAGGAACAAGAUAACCCCAUAUGAACUUUGGUACAAAAAGAAGCCUAACUUGAACUACCUUCGAGUUUGGGGCUGUAGGGCUGUAGUAAGACUACCCCAACCAAAGAUAAGAACUUUGGGAGAAAGAGGUAUUGAUUGCAUCUUUAUUGGUUAUGCUGAGCAUUCCAAGGCUUAUAGGUUCUAUGUCAUUGAACCUAAUGAUUCUAUAGCAGUUCACACUGUGAUUGAGUCAAGAGAUGCAAUAUUUGAUGAGAAUCGUUUCACAUCAAUACCUAGACCAAAGGAUCUGGUUUCGUUUGGAACUGGACAAGGAGAUGGUACAAACGUACGUUCCAACAUCUCGGCUUGUGUUCCAACAACCAGCGAGUCACCUGUACUUCGUAGAAGUAAGAGAGGAAGGAUUGAGAAAUCAUUUGGUCCUGAAUUCCAAAUUUAUUUGGUAGAAGGUUCAAGAGAUGAGAUUGUUCUACAAUACUCAUAUUGUUACCUAGUUGGUGAUGAACCUAGGACAUUCAGUGAAGCUAUGGCUUCUAUUGAUGCUGCUUUCUGGAAAGAAGCUGUAAAUGAUGAGAUGGACUCUAUAGUAGGAAGCAAUACUUAUUUCCUGACUGAUCUCCCACCUGGUUGCAAAGCUUUAGGCUGCAAGUGGAUUUUCACAAAGAAAAUGUUGAUCGGUGGUGCAAUCGAUAAGUUCAAAGCUCGAUUGGUUAUACAAGGUUUUAGACAAAGGGAAGGCAUUGAUUAUUUUGAUACAUAUGCUCCUGUUGUCAGAAUCUCUUCUAUAAGGUUCUUGAUUGGUUUAGCAGCCAUUCAUGAUCUUGUGAUCCAUCAAAUGGAUGUUAAGACUGCAUUUUUAAAUGGUGUCUUGGAAGAAGAGGUGUAUAUGGAACAACCAGAGGGAUUUGUUGUGCCUGGAAGUGAGCACAAGGUGUGCAAGCUGGUGAAAUCAUUGUAUUGA